AUGUUCUUCACUAGGGCUGUCGUUGCUCUCGCCCUCGCCGUGUCUGCCCUAGCAAUGGCCGUUCCCCGUGCUACCAACGCCACCUCCGGCUCCAGCCCUGAGACGUUGACUGCUUCCACCACUGUGACGUCCGAUGCCUCCAGCUCAGACCCCUCUUGGUUAUCUGGUACUCAGACUGGUGAUGGUACUUUCUACCAGACCGGCCUGGGUGCCUGCGGUGUUAACAACGUCGACAGCGACUACAUUGUGGCAGUGUCCGAAGAUCUCUUCGACAACUACCCUGGAUACAACGGUAUCAACCCUAGCAACAACCCCGUCUGCAACAAGCAGAUCACGGCCAACUACAACGGCAACUCGGUCACUGUCACUGUCACCGACCGCUGCGUCGGCUGCGCCGUCACUAACCUCGACUUCAGCCCUUCCGCGUUUUCGCAGCUCGCAUCGGAGUCCUUGGGCCGUCUCCACGGCAUGACGUGGACGUGGACAUAAGACACGUCCUCACGUCCUCACGCAACGACCGCGCCCCCCGGUGGUGCACACGUCAACGCCCCAUAGAUUUCAAUCUCAACAAUAUCGGUCUCCGCGCGACACGAGUUAUUUAUCCUCUCUUUAUGGCUUUUCUUGGUGACAGGCUCGGAUCUGACGGUGUAGAAUCCGCGCCUGGGCGUCCCUUCGUUCCGCAGCUGCUUGCAGCGCGCGGCAGGAGGCUAGGAGAAGCGCAAAUGUCUGUAUGUAUUAUGUGUAAUCCGCAUAG